AUGGACAAUUAUACGGUUUUUUUUGGCCACAUCUUGGCAAACAGUUUCUACCCAGUCCUGGAACGAGCCAUCGGGGUGGGCAGUGCCUUUGAAGGCUGGAGUCCCCGUGAGCAGGAUGUCGUCUACCGCGUGCUCAUACCCAUGGAACCUCCCCGAGGCCACAGCUUCCACCUGGAGCUGGACAGUGCAGGGCAGAGGCAGGUGAGGAACUUCCGUGUCCGCGUGCAGCUGGAGUGCAUCUGCAGCAGGGAGCAGCAGGCUGGGGACAUGCUGUGCUUCCUGCAUCACCCCAAAGAGGAGCUGAGGAGGAAUCAGGAUCCCAGCCUCCUAGACACCCUGUGCACCGGCUCCUACCUUGACGUGCACAAAACGGCCCGCUGGUUCCGGCAGCUGGUGAAAGCAGUCUGGCCAGCUUUGCCUCAGUCACACAACUGGCAUUUAGUGCUGCUGCCCUCCACACGCUCCUGUCAAUUCAAGGCGAUGAACAGAGAAGCAAGCUUCAGGAUUGAGAUGCUGUUUGGGGUGCAGAGAGGUGACUCAGCCGUCUUUGUCAGCAGCCAGACUAGAGAGGCCCACACAGCAAGCACAAUCUGGCCCGAGUCUUACGCUGUGGCAGAGGCUGAGUUCUUCAAGCACAUUGCCAGGCGGGCCCCCCCUGACAGCUUGCACCUCAAAUGCCUGCAGUUCUUCACCCGUCUUCAGCUGGGCUUCGACUUCUCCACCUACACCAUGAAGACCAUUGUCAUGCACCUGCUCAACGUCACACCCAUCUCAAUGUGGCGCAGGAGAGAUCUCCUGCAACGACUAGAGGAUAUCAGCGAGAGCCUGCACUUAUGUUUGCAAGCAAAACACCUCAACCACUUCAUUGUGGGUAACCAGAGGCUCCCUAAGGACAUCAUUUUACCGCCAGAUGUUCGGACGGCUGAGACAUACAAUCUCCUCCAUCACCUGGCGCAGCGGCCGGAUCUCCACACCCAGGCACUCUAUGAGUACCAGGUUCUGCAGAAGUGGCUGAAGAGAAUCCUUCUUGCUGAAGAUUGA